AUGACAUCUUAUCCUGUGACACAGUACCUCAUAGAGCGGUAUUACGAGUCAAUUGGUAAACUGUUGCCAGAUAGUAUCAACUUACCAUUACAUAAAGAUAGCAACGAAUUGCUUCAAAUCAUCGAAGAUGUUGAUACAAGUCUCCAACUAGAGACAUCGACAGAUGUCUCCCUUGAUUCAAUCGAUAAUGAGACUUGUUCAACUGAACAUAUUUCUAAAUUCGAUAAGCUACUGGCGUUUUGCUAUUCACUGGUCGGUAAAGCAUCCUAUAAUGAAAAUAAAAGUAUAUCACAGUUACAGGCUGAAAGAGCUGAUUCCAUAUCAUACGAUCAAUGGAAGAUAACUUCUUUGAAGUUAGAUGCAUUAUUGAAAAAAGAAGAAUGGAAGUUGAAUAAAGAAUCAUCACUUUAUGACUGGAAGCUCAUAGAAGAAGUUACAGAACAACUACGAUUUCAUAGAGAGAAUAAAAACUAUGAUGAACUAUUAUAUCUAAUCAGGGUCUACUGGAAGAGGAGACUCGGAAAUAUAGACAACGUUAACCUCUACAAGUAUUGUAACUUUGGUACGAAAAAGGCAAUAGAAGAGUAUCUUUUGGAAUCAAAACUAUCCAUCGAUUGCCUUCUCAAUGAAUCUGAUAUAGACGAUCAUUAUCUAUUAAAUACCUUUCAACAAACAAAAAGAAACAUCGGUAAAAGUGCGUUGGUCCUUAGUGGUGGUGCCACUUUCGGUUUAUUCCAUAUUGGAGUUCUUGCUGCUUUAUUUGAAGCCGAUUUGUUACCAAAGGUUAUAAGUGGUACAAGUGCUGGCGCCAUUGUUGCAAGCAUAUUUUGUGUUCACACAAAGGACGAAAUACCAAGCCUUUUAACACAUGUGCUGGAUAUGGAAUUUAAUAUAUUUAAUGAUCGUAAUGACAAAACAGAAAGUGAAAAAUUCCUUACCAGAUUUGAAAGAUUCUUUAAAAGCGGUACUUGGUUUGAUAGCGGGCAUCUUGUCAAUACUAUGAUUGGCUUUCUUGGAGAUAUGACUUUCCGUGAAGCGUACUAUAGAACAGGUAGAAUAUUGAACAUUACAGUGUCCCCAGCAUCGCUGUUUGAGCAACCAAGAUUGUUGAAUUAUUUGACUGCCCCGAAUGUUAUGAUUUGGUCUGCAGUUUGUGCUUCUUGCUCAGUUCCGGGUGUAUUUCCUGCAACACCAUUGUACGAAAAGGAUCAAAAAAAGGGAACUAAGCAACCUUGGACAGGAAAUAAAUCAGUUAAAUUUGUUGAUGGUUCAGUGGACAAUGAUUUACCUAUUUCGAGACUUUCAGAAAUGUUCAAUGUAGAUAAUAUUAUAGCAUGCCAAGUUAAUAUUCAUGUGUUUCCAUUUCUAAAAUUUUCUAAUUCAUGUGUUGGUGGAGAAAUCGAAUAUGAAGUUAGUGCUAAGUUAAGAAACCAUCUUUCUCAAAUGUACAAUUUUACAGUGAAUGAAAUAGUUCAUUAUAUGGAAAUGAUUGGAGAGCUUGGCUUUGCGAAAACAAUUAUGUCAAAAUUAAGAUCUGUUCUUUCGCAGCAGUACUCUGGUAAUAUAACUAUUUUGCCAGAUGUAACGAUGAUGCUAAAGAGUACCGAUCUUCUCACUAACCCAACUCAAAAAUUCUUAUUGGAAGAAACCACUUAUGGUGCACGCGCAACGUGGCCAAAGUUAUCGAUUAUCCAUAAUAGUUGUGGUCAAGAAUUCGCUUUAGAUAGGGCCAUUCAGCACUUGAAAGGUAAGAUAAUCAUGUCAUCAUCAAUAAAAAAUCAAUUACAAUUCAGUGAUGGCGCAUUAAGAUUGAGAGGAUCAACAGAUGUUAAAACUUUCGAUCACAAAGAACCUGCUUUGGAAGAUGAUAAUCUUGCGGACGCAAAUCAACCAAACUUUCCACCACUGGUAGUCCCAUCGAACUUGACUGCUAGAAGGCUUCGGUCUCUGAGUGUCAAGGUUCCUUUAAAUAGAAAAUUUUCGGAAAACUCUGUAUUCACUCUUCCAAAGACUAGCAGGACUGUAGCAAGAACAAGAACAAGACAAUCUCAAUCUUUUUCAACUGCUAAUACAAUACACCAAAUGUCUCUCUCACCUGAGAAGCAUAAAAAAAGAAAAUAA